GUGUGGUACUGGUGCUAGUAGUAGAAUAUUUGCAGAAUGUUGUAACGUUAUUUAAUAACAAGUGUGUACGCUAUUAACAUUGUGAGUGUCAUCAAUGGGCUAGCGCGUGUGAAAAAGUUGCUUUUCUCAUACUUUUCAGGGAUCGGAUUCGAAGAGAAAGUGAUAGGGGUGCAGUUGGAAGAACAAGUGUUUUACCAAAAAGUAAAAAUAUAAAAGAACCAUUUCCUAGACUGAAACUAUUAUUGCAGUAAAAUUAAUUCACCAUGGCAUUUUCCGGCUUAAAAAAACAGAUUAACAAAGCCAAUCAGUACAUGAGUGAAAAGAUUGGUGGUGCGGAGGGUACCAAGUUUACAGAAGAAUAUAUGGAAAUGGAAAAGAAAACUGAUUUAAUGAAUGGGUUAGUGGAAGAACUGAUAACAAAAACAAAGGAAUUCCUCCAGCCUAAUCCAGGUAUGUGUGAAAUGUAUUUCAGUAUCAUUUGUAAUAAAGAUUAAACUGUCACAAUGCAUUUUCUCGACUCCAAAAAAACAACAACUAUAUUUGACUAUGAAUGUAGACAAAGAAUAGUUGGUCAUGUAGUAUUUUUAGGUCAAACUGAUUUCCCUUAGACAGACAAGAUAGGUUUCUGAGUAACUGAACUCAUGAGAAGAAAACACAGAUUCAAAACGGUUAUAAAAAAAAAAAUACAAUGUGCAGACUUUAUUCAAUAUGCAAAAAUAAAUAUGUGUAUGUGUGUAGUUGCUUAUACGUAAUAUUUUGUUACUUCUACUGGAUCGUAAGCAAUUUUCUUUGGUGCUAUGGUUGAGAUCCUAUUCCAGACUCACUAAUUUAUGUGACUGGUCAGUCCCAUUCAAACUUAAAUGAGUUUGUAACCUCAAGACUUCACCUGACCUACCAUUGGAGGACACUGCUAUUGGCAUCAAUCCACAAAGUGCAGCUUUAAAGGUAAACCCCUCCUAUGAGCAGGCCAGCAGUUGUCUAAAGGGAGCAACAAAUAACAAAGGUAGCUAGAACAAAAACAACUUAAUCACUUUAUUGCCCAUGUGCUUAUGUUAAAAUUGCACAUACCAGAGCAACAGACUAAUUUUGAAAAGGUCUGAAUUAAAAUAAAAAGGUAGAACACACAAGGUAUGCUUAAUUACCCUAGGUUCAUCAUCAUAGACAGCAGUACAUCGAUAAUUCUACCGAUGCUUAGCUGCCACACAAU